UUUGUCACCACGUGCGGUGUGCUUUCGGUGAAAAAUAUUGAUGAAAAUCUAAAACAAUGGGAAAAUUCAGGUCUAAACUUAAAGGUAAAACAAAGGGGAAGAGAUGGCAGAAAGGCCAAUCAUCCGAGUCAAACCCUAAAAUGAAGAAAUACAGAGAAAUGGCCAAGUCAAGAUUUUUUCAAGAGAACUUGGGUAACACAGGCUUAACUCAACAAGCUGUGCUAAAACACGAUGCUAUCAUGACCUAUGGACAUAGUCUCGGCAAGCAAAAGUCCGAUGCUGAAAAUGAGUUGUCCAUAGCAAAGGAAUUUGAGAAUAUGUCUGUAAAAACUGGAGAAGACGGGUCAGACAGUGAAUACUCUGGGACUAUGCGGUCUGGGACGUUCAAAACUUUCCAGACGUUUGCAUCAGAUUGGAGUCAAUGCUCCAAUGUUAGUUUUAGCAGGCUACUGAACAAGUUUGACUCGAACAAUGCUGCCCACAAAGAGAUGCUGGCUGUGCUGGCAGCAGUGACAGAAGUCAUCAAGGAGCAGGGAUACAAGGAAUCUACCACUGAAUAUUUUGCUGCUCUGAUGGAGACACUAAAAGCAUCCGAAGGUGAAGAGAGCUUAGUAGCCACCCUCUCCCUUCUCUCCAUGGGAAUCAAGUCCGUAUCCCAAGCGGUACUCCGCAAACAGUUCUCGGACUGCGCAAAAAUAUUCACCGAAAUACUGGAGAAGAAUUCUCAGUCGGAAAACGGUGCUUUGCUGAGAAGUGCCAUCGGUUGCUUGUCUGUAUUGUUAAGAGCACAGGAGUAUGCUCUGUGGGGUGAUUCGUCAACUAUGAGGGUGUUCGAUUCAGUGCUAGCAUUCGCUUUGCAUUCAAAACCCAAGGUACGAAAGGCAGCACAACAUGCACUGACAUCGGUUUUGCGUGGCAGCUGCUUCAUGAUACCAUCUGAAGACCAAAAAGUCAAGGUACCAAAACUUCACCCAGCAUCAAACCGCGUGGCAGAGUACUGUCUAUCCCAGAUCAAGGCAGAAGCGCUUCUGUCGGGACACCGCUCGGUGCUGCAUACGCUGACCAUGCUGCGAGAUGUGCUGCCAGUGUUCAGCAAGGACUUUAUUAAGUCAAUCUGCGAAGCGAUCCUCUCCCUAAUGACCCACAACAACGUCUACAUCAAGACGUGCUGCCUGCACACACUACACGCGUUGUUCUCAGCGCCAAGAGACAUCAGCAACUUGACAGCGAACUUGGCAGUCCAGCUGACAAGGGCUUUGAUGGCGGCCCGGCCCCCAGCGAACGAUACGGGACAGAUAUUGGCCUGGGCUGCGGUCUUGCAGCAAGGAUACGGCUGUCUUGCUAAUCUGGACCUGAACCUGUGUACUCCCAACUUACCAAUGUUCGUGAAUAUCUGCGUGACGGAGCUGUGGCUCUCUGACGUAGCUGACGUCAACUCGGCCGCCACUAAUGCAUUGAAAGCUGUCCUCCUAGACUGUGUCAGACCAGCAGUGGAAUCCGACGACUACGUUCGCCAUAAGCCGCACGUGGAAUCCAUCAUCAAGAGCAUCGGAACAGGCUUAGAUAACCCCUUCAACCAGGCCAUCAAGCACGUCAUCAUGACUAGCGCUGUCUGCUUUGAGAUCGGCAACGAGAAAGUGGCCAACAUCCUAUCACCACUAUUAAAAAAACUGAACGACCGCCGCGAAAGCCACAACUUCCACAACGACAAAGAGGUAGAAUACGCCACAGGCUGUGCCAUAAAAUCUUUGGGCCCCGAAUUCGUACUGAGAACCAUUCCUUUAAGAGAUGGCCCCGAAAGCAUCAAUUUGGAACGGAGCUGGUUGCUCCCAGUUAUGAAAGAAAAGAUUCAGAACUCAAAUUUGAAGUUCUUCGCUACGGAAAUAUUAGAAAUGGCUACGUUUUGCAGAAAGAAGGCUAGGGAAUUAGCGGCUUCGAAAGAUAUGCCAGGAUCACAUACUUAUGAGCUCUUGUGCAAUCAGUUUUGGGCGUUGCUGCCCAGUUUCUGUAACAGCCCUAAGGAUAUUAAGGACAAUUUUAAAGCGCUGGCCAGGGUUUUGGGUAACGUCCUAAAAGACAACCCAGAGUUCCGUCUCUCAGUGAUGCAAGCGCUGCGCAAGCUCAUAUCAUGCUCCACAGACAACGAAGAGGAUUCCCGCGAGCUUGGCCGAUUCGCCAAGAACUAUCUGCCCAUACUGCUCAACGUGUACAUGUCGCCAGCUACUGGCGCGGCCGCCACUGGCCAGAGACUGGCCGCUUUGGACACUAUACAGGUAUACCUGACAAUAAGCGACCAGACUUUAGUAGAAGAGCUAUUCACCAACGCGCUCCAACAGCUAGAAUCCUCAACCGACAAUCACUUCCAACGCGAGGCCAUUCUAGACGUAGUCCGUCUGCUCGUUCUGUACCAGACCAGUGAACAGAUCGCUAACCUGUUUGAUAAGUGGGUGUAUCCUCUGUGCGAGACCGUGCUAGAAGAUCCUAAGAAGUUUAAAAAGGCGAAGAAGGAACGACAGAAGAAAAACGCGAUGGAGGAAGGGGAAGAUGGACAGGAGAUUAAGAAGAAUGAGAUGAGGUAUAAAGACAAAGCACGCCUCCUAGAGAUGGAACACAAGAAAGCGUACAGGAUAUUAGAAGAGAUCUUCAAGAGCGACAGAGACAACUGCAAGGAGUUCCUUAAGGCCAACCAGAAGAAGAUCAAGAAGUUACUCAUGACGUCACUGAACAAAGUCGCGGACAGCAGUAAGGCAGCGAGGUUGAGAUGCAUAGAGCACCUAAUCGCGUCGUCUCCCAACUUGAACGGCGAAAGCAAAUUAAUCCGCGGGGCUAUAGCAGAGGCAGUUGUAUGCACUCGAGACAUCAACUCCAAAUGUCGCCAGUGUGCGUUCAACGUCAUCACUUGCGCUGGAAACGUACUAAAAGAGCGGGAAGACGGCAUGCAGUCAUUCGUGGAGAUGCUUCUAUCCGGGCUGUCGGCGCCGCUGCCGCGCGUUGUAAGCGCGACACUACGAGCCGUAGCGUCUGCUCUGUUCAACUUCUCUGAAGACAUGGGCCUGGAGAUCGUCUAG